AAAUGACCAUGUGGCAGCGGGACAGAGGAAAACCAGAGCAUUUCUAAUAUGCGGCUGUAAACAAAAUAUCUGUACGCUAUUGUGUGGAAAAUCAUUCCAAAUAUCAGAGCAAAUAUUGGCAAUUACAAAGCAGGGAGGACCUCCGAAUUAUGAAGCAAUGCUCCGCCAGACCCUCUCUCUCCUGCUCUAGUUACCACAACUCCUGCUGCUCCACCGCAACCAAGAGCGCUUCUGCCGCUGCUAGUGGUUUGGCUGCCUCCUAAAGGGACAAAAAGGAGAGUUUGCAGUCCUCAUCAGCUGUUGUCUAGUCACAUAUGGUGCAUCGUUUGCAUUCCCGAGUCGACAUCCCUACCGCUCAGCUUCUUGCCAGCCUGUGGCACUCAUAGUGUUCAUCAACACAGGAUAUUAAUAAGCGUGUGCUCUUAUUUUGCCUGGAUAGCACACGCUAAAGACCUAUUUUUUUCCCUUUUUUCCUCUCCACUGCCACACGGGUGGUGGCAGGACAUCAUAGACCAUGGAGCCCAAUAUGGAGUACUGUCUGACCCAGGUUCUACAGAAGGAUGUGGCCCGCAGGUUGCAGAUGGGUCCGGAGCUCAUCGACUACAUCACAGAUGCUGACAAGUGUCACGACCUGGAGAGUGACCAGACUGCGCUGGAUAAAAUGGUGGACGGUAUCGCCACCUCUUGGGUUAACUCCAGCAACUUCAAGCUGGCUUUGUUAGGAAUGGACCUUCUAUCUGCCUUAGUGACGAGAUUACAGGACCGAUUUCGUCAUCAAGUUGGUACAGUUUUGCCCAGCUUGAUAGAUCGCUUAGGCGACGCCAAAGAUCAAGUCAGAGACCAAGAUCAAAUCCUGCUGCUGAAGAUCAUGGAGCAAGCAGCUACUCCUCAGUACAUAUGGGACCGAAUGUUGGGGGGGUUCAAACACAAAAACAACCGGACCAGAGAGGGAGUGUGUCUCUGUCUCAUCUCAACUCUGAACACAUACGGUGCCCAAGGCUUAACCCUGAGCAAAAUUGUACCACAUAUAUGUAAUCUACUCGGAGACCCCACAAGUCAGGUUCGGGAUGCGGCCAUGAACUGCCUUGUGGAAAUAUACAGACAUGUUGGAGAGAAGGUUAGGAUUGACCUUAGCAAAAAAGGACUGCCGCAAUCAAGGUUGAAUGUAAUUUUCAGCAGAUUUGAUGAAGUCCAAAGAUCUGGGAACAUGAUCCUCUCCUCAGGUUCAGAUAAGAACUUUGAUGACGAGGACUCUGUGGAUGGGGGCAGGUCCUCCUCCUCUUCCUCUUCUAAGGGCUUCUCCAACAGCAGGAGAGGGGGCAGCAUGGGCUCAAUGAGACGACCCAGUUCUGCCUCUGGAUCCAGGGCUCCAGGGAAGGAUGGUGUCAGUGCAGGAGCUGUGGAUGAAGAGGAUUUUAUCAAGGCUUUUGAAGAUGUACCUGCAGUUCAGAUAUAUUCAAGUAAGGAGUUGGAGGACUCUUUGAAUAAGAUCCGUGAAGUUCUGUCAGAUGACAAGCAAGACUGGGAACACCGUGUCACUGCUCUGAAGAAAGUGCGGUCCCUGCUUCUGGCUGGAGCAACCGAACACGAGGGUUUCCUUCAACACCUACGGCUUUUAGAAGGUGCCUUCAAGCUGUCAGCUAAAGAUCUUCGGUCUCAAGUGGUUCGAGAGGCCUGUAUCACAUUAGGGCAUCUGUCUUCAUUGCUGGGGAAUAAAUUUGAUCAUGGGGCUGAAAGCAUCAUGCCUACGCUGCUCAACUUGGUGCCCAACAGCGCCAAAGUUAUGGCCACGUCUGGAGUGGCGGCCAUCCGCCUCAUCUUGCGACAUACACACUUCCCACGCCUUAUCCCGAUCAUCACCAGCAACUGCACUUCUAAAUCUGUGGCUGUUCGAAGACGGUGUUAUGAGUUUUUAGACCUGUUAUUGCAAGAAUGGCAGACACACACUCUAGAGAGGCAUGUGGCGGUUCUCACUGAGACCAUCAAGAAGGGGAUCCAUGACGCUGACUCAGAGGCCAGAUCUGUGGCCAGAAAAUGCUACUGGGGUUUCCACGGCCAUUACAGUCGAGAGGCAGAACACCUGUUUCAGGCAUUGGAAUCGACCUAUCAGAAGGCCUUGCAGUCUCACCUGAAGAGUUCUGACAGUAUAGUGUCUCUACCGCAGUCUGACCGCUCCUCCUCAAGCUCGCAGGAGAGCCUCAAUCGUCCUCUGUCAGUGAAGAGUGUCGUAGGAGGACCUGUUACAAGAAGUAAAGUGAUCGGCUCUAGGGUGUCCUCCACCCCUGGUGCCCUCCAGCGCUCCCGCAGUGACAUAGACGUGAACGCCGCCUCCAGUGCCAAAUCUCGCAUGUCCACCACAACUUCCCCAUCUCCCUUCAGCUCCGCUGCAGCUCUGCCUCCAGGCUCCUACGCCUCCCUGGACGGUGCGCCUGGUAAAAUAGAUGGUCGUGUGCGGACGAGAAGGCAGAGCUCAGGGAGUGCGGUCAGCGCAAACAGCACUGUUACAGACAGUCGUGGUCGAAGCAGAGCUAAAGUGGUCUCUCAGUCCCAGCCCGGCAGUCGAUCCAGUUCUCCAGGGAAGCUCUUGGGACAUGCAUAUGGCAGAAUUCCAAGAGCCACUGCCCCAACAACUCCCUCAGACAAGUACUCGAGGAUCCCAAGAAGCCAGGGAUGCAGCCGUGAGACAAGCCCCAGCAGACUGGGCAUAGCCAGGCUGUGUGGUAAAGCUCUUCUUCCUGCCACUUCUUCCUAUCGCACGCUAGCCCGGAGCAGUCGCAUCCCCCGCCCCAGCAUGAGUCAGGGGUGCAGCCGUGACACCAGUCGCGAGAGCAGCCGCGACACAAGCCCUGCUCGGGGCUUCACUCCUCUUGCCUCCCGACGUCACUCUCGCUCCACCAGCGCGCUGUCCACGGCCGAACCCGUGGGCCAGUCAGAUCGUUUUGGCUUGAUCCAUCAGGCUCGCAUUUCUGCAUCUGUCAAUGCUAUGAGAGUGCUGAACACUGGCACAGAAGUGGAAGCUGCUGUGGCUGAUGCUUUGCUGUUAGGAGACUCCAGGAAUAAGCGCAAGCCUUUGAGAAGGAGGUACGAGUCUGAUGAUGAUGCAAACAGCGACGCAUCCAGUGCCUGCUCAGAGCGUUCAUAUAGUUCCCGUAACGGAGGCAUUCCUCACUACCUGCGUCAGACAGAGGACGUCGCUGAAGUGCUAAACCACUGCGCCAGUUCCAACUGGUCAGAGAGGAAGGAGGGCCUGCUGGGUCUGCAGAACCUGCUGAAGAGCCAGCGCAUUCUCAGCCGUGUGGAGCUCAAGAGGCUAUGUGAGAUCUUCACCAGGAUGUUUGCAGAUCCUCACAGCAAGAGAGUGUUUAGCAUGUUCUUAGAGACUCUAGUAGAUUUCAUCACCGUGCACAGAGAGGACCUCCAGGACUGGCUUUUUGUACUACUUACUCAGCUGCUGAAGAAAAUGGGAGCUGACCUCUUGGGCUCAGUCCAAGCUAAGGUCCAAAAGGCUCUGGAUGUCACAAGGGAGUCUUUCCCCUUUGACCAGCAGUUUAACAUUCUAAUGAGAUUCAUUGUUGAUCAGACUCAAACCCCCAAUCUGAAGGUUAAGGUGGCUAUCUUGAAAUACAUUGAGUCCCUGGCACGGCAGAUGGACCCUGCAGAUUUUGUGAACUCAAGUGAGACCAGAUUAGCCGUGUCUCGCAUUAUCACCUGGACCACAGAACCCAAGAGCUCUGAUGUUAGAAAAACUCUUCAUAACUGGGCAUGUGAGGAGUUGUCAGGCAGGCCCAGCACUACAGCUCUGCUUCCUGGAGAGGGUCACCUGGAAGAGAGGUGCAAGCAGGCCGCCCAGGUGGUGCUGAUCUCACUCUUUGAGCUGAACACCCCCGAGUUCACCAUGCUGCUGGGCGCUCUGCCUAAAACAUUCCAGGAUGGAGCCACCAAGCUUCUGCAUAACCAUCUGAAGAACUCAAGCAACACCAGCAGUGUGAGUUCACCAAGCAAUACAAUGGGCCGCACGCCACCCCGGCACCCCACCAGCAGGACUAGUCCUCUCACCUCGCCCACAAAUUGUUCCCACGGGGGUCUGUCACCCAGUCGGUUAUGGGGUUGGAGUGUCGAUGGGCUCUUAAAGCACCCUUCUCCCUCUCCUCCUCCUCCUACUCCUCCGUCUCACUCCUCUAUUCCUGCCGGCCCCUCCCUCAGGGCCUUCCGCUGCGCGCUCUCACCAAGUAUGCUGGAGUAUGACACAGAAAACAUGAAUUCUGAUGAGAUCUUUAGCUCGCUGCGUGGUGUCACUGAAGCCAUCCAGAGCUUCAGUUACCGCAGCCAAGAGGACCUGAAUGAGCCAAUCAGACGCGAUGGGAAGAAGGAUGAUGCUGUGAGUUCUUCAGAAACAAGAUGGGGAAAAUGUAUUAUUACCCCAGGUGGUGAUCAGCCCACAGACUCUGGUCGGACGGUGCUGGAUAACAAGACCUCUCUGCUAAAUACUAUGCCACUCCUCUCCUCGAGUCCCCGCCCAACAAGGGAAUACCAGCCUGUCAGCUACUCGGACUCUUCUUUCACCUCCUCCCCUUUCAAUAAAAGCCUGAAAGAUGCAGACCAAGAUGCAGAGUCCCUCACUGAUGGUAAAGCACUUCCAUAGCUAUUUGUAGCUGCUUUGUGAAGUGCGCACAUGUGUGGGUCUGACUUCCUUUCUGCUGUUGGUGUUACAGACAGCGGCGUGGACCAGUCUGAGGUGGUUGCUGAACUCCUGAAAGAGCUGUCGAAUCACAGCGAGCGGGUAGAAGAGAGGAAAGCCGCUCUGUGUGAGCUAAUGCGGCUGAUCAGAGAAACGCAACUGCAUGUUUGGGACGAGCACUUCAAAACCAUCCUCCUGCUGCUCCUAGAAACACUCGGGGAUGGAGAGCAUGUCAUUCGGGCAUUAGCGCUGCGGGUGCUGAAGGAGAUCUUAAACCGGCAGCCGUGGCGCUUUAAAAACUAUGCGGAGCUCACCAUUAUGAAGACCCUAGAAGCACAUAAAGACCCGCACAAAGAGGUGGUACGGGCUGCAGAAGAAGCAGCGGCUAUGUUGGCGACCUCAAUAAGUCCCGAUCAGUGUAUUAAGGUGUUGUGCCCCAUCAUCCAGUCGGCUGAUUACCCCAUCAACCUAGCUGCCAUCAAAAUGCUCACCAAAGUCAUUGACCGGCUGCCCAAAGAGGGUCUCCACGGCCCCUGCUUGAUGAUCUUUUGCUCUUCCUUGCAGGGUUAUGAUAACUCUGAGAGCAGUGUACGAAAGGCGUGCGUAUUUUGCCUUGUGGCCAUCUAUGCUGUCAUCGGAGAGGAUUUGAAACCUCACCUCAGCCAGCUGUCUGGCAGCAAGCUGAAACUGUUGAAUUUGUACAUAAAGCGAGCUCAGAGCGGCUCCAGCGGAAGCGACCAGUCUUCAGAUGUGGGAGGGCAGGGCCUGUAGCUGUGCCGCCACCAUUCAGAACUACAGCACUCUCUUAGUGCAGGGGGACCCUAGCUGGCUUUUUAACUCACAUGCAUACACAAACAAACAAACAAACACCUACACACGCUUGCCUACAGAUACACAAAGCCGCAUACACCUACACCGCUGGACACCCUCCUCCGGCCCCACAAAACCUUCCAGUGGGAUGUGCGUCGAGGAACGGCGUCGGACUGAAACUCUUCCUCCAAACUAGGAUCACCGUCACUCCGUGUGCAUGUCCGAGAAACCGCUAUCUGUGGCACAGAUGGUGGAUUGCUGAUGUAGUUUUGUUGCCUUGUCAAUGAGAAGAUGUGUACGAGUGUGUGUGUGU